GCUCGGGGCCCGCCCCCGCCGCCGGGUCGACCUCUGCCCCCGCAGCCGCGUCCAGUCAAGAUGGCGCUGCUGGCGGGGCUCGGCGGCUGGGUGCGCGCGCUGCUCCGCUCGGGGGCCCGGCUGCGGGGCGCGGCCGUCGCGGAGCGGCGCUUCGGGAGCCAGCGGGUGCUGGUGGAGCCGGACCCGAGCGCAGGGGUUGCAGUGCUGAAGCUGAAGAACCCCCCAGUGAACAGCCUCAGCCUUGAGCUGCUGACGGAGCUGGUCAUCAGUGUGGAGAAGCUGGAGAAUGACAAGACCUUCCGGGGCCUGGUCCUCACCUCGGACUGCCCUGGGAUCUUCUCUGCCGGCUUGGACUUGACUGAGAUGUGCGGGCGAACCCCUGCGCACUACGCAGAGUACUGGAAGGCCGUGCAAGAGCUGUGGCUGCGACUCUACCUGUCCAACCUGGUGGUCAUGGCUGCCAUCAAUGGAGCCAGCCCGGCUGGAGGCUGCCUGAUGGCCCUCAGCUGCGACUACCGGGUCCUAGCUGACAACCCCAAAUGCGUCGUCGGGCUGAACGAGACCCUGCUGGGCAUCGUCGCCCCCUUCUGGUUCAAGGACACCUUGGUGAACACAAUUGGGCACCGCGCAGCUGAGAGCGCCCUGCAGCUCGGCACGCUCUUCCCACCGGCAGAGGCCCUGAAGGUGGGCAUCGUGGACCAGGUGGUGGCAAUGGACCAGGUGCAGAGCACAGCGCUCCAAGUCAUGGCCCGGUGGCUGGCCAUUCCAGAGCACGCCCGGCAGCUGACCAAGAACAUGAUGCGCAAGCCCACAGCUGACCGGCUGGUGAAGCAGCGCGAGGCCGAUGUGCAGAACUUUGUGAAUUUCGUAUCCAGGGACUCCAUCCAGAAGUCCCUACAGAAGUACCUGGAGAAGCUCAAGCAGAAACGCGGCUGAGGCUGGGCCGUGGGACUGCUCUGCCACAACAGUGCCUUAUACCUGCGGACCCUGGGCCGGUGCCGGGCCCUCCCUCAGGACAGUCACGAAUAAAGUCCUUGGGAUUCCGCCUUCCCGCCA